AUGUCUCUUGCCUGCACCGUGCUGUUGCAAGAGGAAAGACGGCGUGGCCGGACUGCUGCCGAGCAAGCGGCCUAUGAUCACGCCAUGCUCAAAGAGAAGUUGGCGUAUCAGAUGAAGGAGACAAUCGAAUACACAAGGCUGUUCCAGACGGUGUCUGAGUUCAUACCCAACGGUUUCUCAAUCGGUGAUCACCAAGGCAAUAUCACCUUUGCCAACCGACUUUGGUAUCGCAUCACGGGGUAUCCAGAGGGACCCGUUUCAAACGCUGGCUUUCUCGCCUGUGUGCUAGAGGAAGACCGCCCUAAGAUACGAGAAGCGUAUGAACGACUGAAAAGCAGAGAUGAGGUUGACUUUGAAUUCCGCAUACGAGAGGCUGAUCACAAGGAGGAGCCAAUGCGGGUGCAAUCGCCAUUCGAGAACGCCGGGCUUGAUUUGGCAGCGGCGGCGCAAGACAGAACAGAAAGACACGUCAUGGCCCAGGCAAAGGCCGAGCGUGCGGGUGAUGGCACCAUUAUUCGAACGUUUACUUGCCUCACUGACGUCACUGCCCACAAGAAGGUAGCCGACGAAGCCAUCAUGCGAGCACAGCAGGCAGGCAACCUCAAACGCAUGGCUGAGCUUGCUACAGUCGGCAUGUUUGACAUGGACAUGAGUGGUCGCUUGCUCGGUGCCAACAAUGUCUUUUUUGAACUCUGCGGGCUUGCCAAGGUCAACCCCCUGAAGGUUGUGGUUCGACCAUGGAGCACUUGCGUUGUGGAAGAGGACCUGCCGAUUCUGUCCGAGAGCUUGGCACGUCUCAGUCGGGAUGCCAAACCACAAGUAGCCGAGAUUAGGCUCAAGACUACCUGGAUCGCCCAGGACGUGGCGGGCAAUAGUAUCACUGCGCCGCGCGCCAUCAUCCAUUGUUCUGAUGCCAUCAUUGCAUCAUUGGCCAAGGGCCAGGAGCUCUUGGAGCAUGGGCCCCGAAGCCCUCGAAGCCCGCGGUCAGCCUCCUCUGCCACAGAUUCGCAUGGCGAUGGGCAAGUUGAUCUCUCUCAACUGAUUGCCGACAGUAUCGACAAUGCAGAGACGAUCGUAGCGUGCGCCCAGCACCAGAAACGCAUUGUGGAUGAUAUUCUCACCAUGUCCAAGUUGGAUUCCAAGUUGUUGGCUGUCACGCCUUGCACAGAUUCCGAGUACGAGCAGCCGGCAUUGGAAGGGCGAGAUAAUCCGGUUUACUUGAUCUUCGAGGUCAAGGAUACGGGCCAGGGCUUGUCAGCGGCAGAAAAGGCCAAUCUUUUCAACAGAUUCGUGCAGGCCAGCUCGCGGACGCACGUCAAGUACGGAGGCUCAGGCCUCGGGCUCUUCAUCUCGCGCCGGCUGACAGAGCUGCAAAGGGGCGCUAUCGGUGUGUCGAGCUUGCCGGGUGUAGGAUCAACAUUUGCCUUUUACAUAGAGGCAUACGUCCCAACGGAAGAGGCUAGGCAGGAGGCCGAGUUCGCGACGGACGCCGCGAGGACCAGUCCUCUGAUCUUCGGCACACCGAGCCCCGGACAGUCUGCAGCGGGACAUGGGGCGACGAAAGGGCGGACGCCGUCUGUAACCCAACGGCCCAAGCGACAGGUGGGCAAUCAACGCGACCGUCGGCUUGACGGAAUCUUGGUUGUGGAGGACAACCUAAUCAACCAGCAGAUCACACGGCGCGGGCUACACGACCGGGGGUUCAGAGUGGACGUUGCCAACCACGGGCUCGAGGCGCUCGAGAAACUAGCAGAGUCAGUUGCGCAGAGGAGGGUGCAGGAGAGGCGAGAAGAGGCGGGCGACGGUGAAGUUGCGGUCAAGACGACAACGACGGCAGAGGCAGGAAGCGUGCCCCUGGUCAUCAACCUCAUCCUGAUGGACAUUGAGAUGCCCAUUCAGGACGGACUGACGUGCACGCGACAUAUUCGUGCGAUGGAAAAGGAAGGCAAGUUGUUUUGCGGCGAUGACGGGGGCCGGAUUCCCAUCAUCGCGGUCAGCGCCAAUGCGCGGCCGGAACAGAUGCAGCAGGCGCGCGAGGCAGGCUGCGACGACGUGCUGGUCAAGCCAUAUCGGAUGCCGGAGCUCAUUGAGAAGAUGCACGUCGUAGUACGGCGGGUACGGGCGUUGAGCUCCGCGGCGGCUGUACGGCAAGGAUAG